AUGUCACACUUGUGGCAACAUCCGUAUGUGAAUGUUUUUAAACAUUUCAACCUUACAUCAUGGAAGAAGUCAACAAAAGAAGGAGAAGUAGCCGGAGUAAUGGACAAAUCUUUAAAAUGUACUGUGUACAAAGUGACAGGCUCAAUCCCUGCAGGGAAUUAUAUCCAGCUUCCAAAGGCCCAGACCCAAUCACUAGGUUUAACUGGCCGCUACCUGUACCUCCUGUUCAAGCCAAUUCCCACCAAGUACUUCGUUGUCCACAUAGACCUAGCCACACAGGAUAACCUGAUUGUGAGAGUGUCAUUUUCUAACCUGUUUAAGGAGUUUAAGUCCACUUCCACUUGGCUGCAGUUCCCAUUUCUCUGUAAUGCUUCUAAAGGAUCUGUUCAUGCAUUUGCUGCUAUGAGUGGAAAAGAUCAUAGUGGUCCAGCACCUCACGCUACACGAUGGACAGUCUUAUGUUUAGACUUCAACUACAUCCUGUCUAUGUACCUUAACAGAAAAUUUUCCUACAUGAAGACUAUACGACUAUGUGCCAACAUGGUAGUGAAGAACAUAUUCACAAGUGACACUUUGUAUGAUCCAGGUAUAACCCUUGACCAAGCAAAGAAGGCAGGACUAAUGGACCAAGGGGUGUCACCGAUGCCAAGAGAAAUGGCCUUCCCUGUCCUAAAGGGAGACCACUGGCAUGACCACUAUGAUCUUAUCAGGUUUCCCUCUGAUGGCGGUAAGAAGCCAUUUGACUCCAUGCAGUACAGCAGCCCAACUGGUAAAAAUACAAGUAAGGCAGUAAGCCCCAAAAGAGUCUCCACACGAUCAGUUGAUGUUAGUAAAUGUGUCUCAGAUAGAGUCGCAAUGAUCCACAAACUCACAGAACCCAAACAGAAAGUAAAACGCCAUCAGGUCACCUCACAGCUACCAUCAGUAGGACUAGAUGACAUGACAGUUGCUACAGACACCCAGGGAGAGGUACAUGUGUUUGCACACCCAGAAGAUGAGAUACUUGUUCAUCAAGAGGGUCAAUCUAGUGAACAGGUUUCAAAACUCUCUGCACCAGCAAGUCUUGGACCAAGAAAAAUAGCCAGUAAGUGCCUGGAACCAGAUCCUAUUCUGAAGCUGAAGAGGAUUAUAGGUUUUGGUGGAGCUUCUUUUAGAGAUGCACUGUGGUCAGUUGAUGCAGCGUGUGUGGUUUACCCUUGUCAUGCAGUGAUAGUUGCUAUGAAGAUUAGUAAUGGUCACCAGCGUUUCUUUAUUGGCCACACUGAUAAGGUAUCCUGUAUCAGCUUGACAGGGAACUCCUCCUUGCUGGCCUCUGGGCAGACAGGUUCUCUCAGUGCUGUCCGUAUCUGGAAGUUUCAGACAGGGGAAUGUCUUGCUAUGUGUAAAACACAUGUUCAUUCCCUUCACUGCCUGAGCUUCUCUCACAAAGGAAAUGUGUUGUGUGGUGUUGGUAAAGAUGGUCACGGUAAAAAUAUGGUUGUUAUCUGGGACACAUCCAAAGUGACCAAGUCUCGAGAAGUGUCGGUGAUGGCGAAAGCACACACUGAUGUGGAAAUAGUACGCAUGAAAGUGGCGGCCUUUGAUGAUACCAGGAUGGUGUCCUGUGGACGUGAUAAUAUUCGAUUGUGGCGGGUGAGAGAUGGUCAUCUGAGGUCAGCCCCAGUUAAUCUGGGAGAACAUCACACCGUGGAGUUUACAGAUGUGUGUUUCGAAGCUGGAUACCAUGCUGACAAAGACCCUUCAGACAGACUGGUGUAUGCCUGCAGCAGAUCUGGUCACAUAUUUGAAAUAGAGCUUCAGAAGGUAUCAAUUCAGAACGUGCGACGACUACUGCCAACAGACACCAAACCAGUCAAAGAGAAGCAAACUUUCCGAUCAAGUUCAGGAAUUGGAAUAAAUUGUAUGACGGUGAACGAAACAUUUUGUGUGACGGGAUCAGAUGAUGGUUUCCUCCGUCUAUGGCCUCUGGACUUUGCUCAUGUUUAUCUUGAGGCUGAACAUGAAGGACCAGUCACAGCCAUAGACCUGACAUCAGACGGACUGAAGAUAUUGGCAGGGACCUCAAUGGGUACCUUGGGGACCCUGGACAUCUCCACUCGGGCAUACACUACAGUGAUGAGGUCACACACAGCUCGUAUUGCUGAUGUGGCAGUGGAUCCAUACAGAAAACACAUGGCGACAGUGUCUGAAGAUCAAUCAAUUCGUGUGUGGGAUUCAGAAACUCUACAGCAGUUGUACGACUUCAGCGCACCCGAGGAGUGCCCCUGUAUCAUUCACUACCACGCAACACGACAGAUAUUUGCCUGUGGAUUUGAGAGUGGUGUUGUCAGAGUUUUUAAUGUGCAGACCACAACUAUGAUGGCUGAACACAGACAACACAGAGGGAAGAUCACAGGUCUUGCCUUUUCGCCAAAUGGAGACUUCCUCUACAGUGCCUGUUCCCUAGGAUCAUUGGCACAUUAUGAUGCUACAUCUGAGAAGUAUGAACUCCUUCGUCUCCUGGGUAACACAGUGGCACGAGGAACCAGACAUUCCCCAGAUAUUUUGUCAGUCAGUGCUGAUGGACGAAGGAUGGCAUUUAUUGGCCCAUCAGAGUACACAGUUUGUGUAGUGGAUGCCAAAUCAUUAGAUGAGGUAGUAAGGAUAGAUGUAACCAAUCUGAAUUCAUCAGAUCCAGGGCGAUCCUCUCUAGAUGCUGCAGUCAGGCUCCACUUUGCCCCACUACAUUUGGAACACCUUAUAGUCAUCACCUCCAACCAUAAACUGCUCAAGUUUGAUGCCAGAACUGGUCGUUUGCUGUCUGAGGUGGCAAAUAUCCAUAGGACAGGCUGUUCUACUUUGGCAGUUACGAGUAAUGGACGUCACCUAGCAACAGGAGGGGACAAAGUUAUUAAGGUCUGGGACUACAACAUGAAGCUAGACAUCAACUUUCAGGUCUUCAUAGGCCACUCCGAGAAUGUGAGCAAGAUCCUCUUCACCCCAGACGGCCAGGGUUUACUGAGUGUUGGAGAAGCCAUUUAUGUGUGGGACUUCUUAGCCACCAAACCCCCAUCGCCAGUAGAGGGUCGUGAGUACAAAGAGAAAGACUACAUGCAACUACAACGAGACAGGACGAAUAACAGCAUAGAUGAUAUUCUGGAACGAAGUAUAGAGGAUAGAUCAUAUCUUGAGCUGCCAAGGCGAUCCCCACCUCGACCAAUCAGCUACAACUCCUCUAGUCGUAUUGAGGACCUAAGCUCCAUCCAUAAAGUUUCUAAUGAAGAAGAUGACUUGGUGACCGGUACAUCUGACAGGGAAGCAAUUUUGAUUGGUCCGGAAUUGAGGACUAGAUUCGCUGAGCACCAUAUAGACAGUCAGGAUUCUGAUGAGGAAGAUGCAGUUGAACCUCUUGCUCCCAGUCCCCAGCGUCAAAAGCAUAAACGGUUCAGUGCAGGAAAGCAGAAUCAAGGCAAGAAGGCUCCUGUGGUUAGCCCUGGAGAAAAGAGAGAGGGUGAGGUAGUGAAACCUUCCUCACACAAACACUUCAUACAGCGGGAACAGACAUAUGGCAUGGCACAGAGAAGAUACACUGCCCCUCCAAACCAGGCUGGUCUGAAACUCAAGUCUGUGAUUGGCUACAAUGGAAACGGCAGAGGAAAUAUGGUGUGGCAUCCUGACACAGGUCUGUUUGCCUACACUUGUGGCUGUUUGAUUGUUGUGGAGGACCUAAACACAGGACAACAGAGACAUCUUACAGGACAUGUGGAGGAGAUCUCAACAAUGGCCUUACAGAAUGAUUGCCAGAUGUUGGCCUCGGCUAGUGGCUCCUUUGGUCUGUCGGCCAGUCAGAUUUGUCUUUGGAACCUUAAGGAUAUGGUAUGUCACAAAGUCCUACAGCACCAUGAACAUGACAUCGUUUCACUGGCCUUCUCUCGUGACGACCGCUUCCUUAUAUCUGUUGGUGAUUAUAGAGAUUGCUGUGUGGUUGUAUGGAGUACCUAUGACUAUGAGAUACUGACAAGUUCCAGAGUGACCAGUCCUAUCCAUGAACUCAAAUGGGACCCUUACACUGUCAAUGAGUUUGCCUCAGUGGGGGAGAACGGCACCGUGCUGUUUUGGCUCCUUGAUGAAACGUCCAAUGAAGUGUGUCUCAAUGUCCAUGAGGCAGAGGUUCCAGAUGAACUCUUACAAACUCACCAUAUGGGGAGCAGAUCAGUAGACUUUACAUCAAUGGAAUAUGCAGGAGACAGCACACUUUAUGCAUCAACUAACAACGGCAAGGUGUCUGCCUGGGAUACCCGUCAUAACACAUGCUUCAUGCACUGGGAGGCAGACAACUGUGAGAUUGGUGCCUUAGUUUGUCGUGGUGGCCGUCUCCUGACAGGAAGUACUGGACGCAAUCUUCGAAUGUGGUCCAUCGUAGGUGUUGGAGAGAUGCGACUGCCAGGAGAGCACAAUAACAUGCGAGGAGGGGGUCUGACAAUGGAAGAUGAAAUGAAUGUGGAUGGAGAAGUUGUGUCUCUAGCAUUUGAUGAGGCACUAGAUAUGGGAAUUGUGGGUACAAGUUCCGGUACACUGUGGUACAUCAACUGGCCUGAGAGAACAAGUAUCCGCCUGGUAUCUAGUCACAUGUCUAGGGUGAACGGCCUAUCUUCCUGCAGUAGUUCCCAUGUGGCAUCUUGUGCUAAUGACGGAAGUUUGCGUGUUUGGUCAAUCGAGGACCGAGAACAGCUCUUACAGUUCCAAGUCCGGGAUCAGUCUUGCACCUGUGUAGCAUUUGCCCCUUCGGGUCCAGACAUUGUCACCAUGACAACAGUAAGUAAUGUGGAGGAGGCCCCUGUGGUGGCCCACCAGCAUCGAGAGAAUAAUCAACUACCUCAUCUUGUGUCUGGGUACAGUGAUGGCACUGUACGCCUGUUUGACCCUAAUAAGGUGGAAAUGGUACUCAAGAUGCACCCUCAUGCAGUCGCUGUUACUGCUAUCAGUUUCUCCUCUGAUGGACGAAUGAUAAUAUCUGGAGGAAGUGAUGGCCUGAUUGCAGUCAGCAGUCCCACCACUGGAAUGACUGUCCGUGUUAUCAAUGACCACAAGGGUGCCCCCAUCACCAGUAUUGAUGUCACAGACAAACAGGACCAAGAUGUAGGUAUCACUGCCCCACUACUGUGGCUCGCCACUAGUGCUGACCGUCGUGUCAGUGUUUGGUCUGCUGACUGGUCAAAGGACUUCUGUGAACUGGUAGAUUGGCUGACAUUCCCAGCUCCAGCAUACACACCAGAUGGCGCUGUCAUCGCUAAACAAGAUCAGGGCUUAUAUGGUAACCUGCCCCCAAGUAUUGCAAAAUUUUCUCCAGAGGAGCAAGAUAUUAUAAUCUACACAGGAUAUGGCAGUCAGAAACAUGUGCAGUUCUACAGCUUAUCACAACGCAAGGUGGUGCGGACAUCAGCACUAACACAUUGGUCAACAUGUAUGGAUAUGAGCCCCACCUCCUCUUUGAUUGCUUUGGGUGCUAAUGAACGUCUGAUGAAGCUGAUGGAUUAUUAUGAAGGAAGCUUCCAAGAUUUUACUGGCCACAAUGACUCUGUGACUGUUGUCAAAUUCUCUGCUGAUAGUAAAUAUCUAUUCUCUGUGGCCCAUGCAGAAAUACUCAUAUGGGAAGUGAAUGUAUAACUAUGGUCAAUAAGUUUUGUCAUUAAAAGGCAUAGAAAUUUGUUUUAUACUAACUGUGGAACAUGUAAUGCGAGGCUCCUGUGAUCACCUAAUCAUU